CCCAAAACUCACCCACUCGCUUUAAGUUCGGCGUUCAUUGAAACUGGGUCUGGAUUUUGCGCCCUUGAAUCUACACUCUUCACCACACUCACAAUCGCAUUCAUUCCAUUUCUUUCGUUAAGACUUCAGAAGUUUCAACCCGGAAAGAUCUGAAGAGGAUGGCAGCAAUUUACAGCCUCUACAUCAUCAACAAAUCUGGUGGCUUGAUCUUCUACAAGGAUUAUGGGUCUGCUGGACGAAUGGACACAAACGAUAGCUUAAGAGUGGCGAGUUUAUGGCAUUCGAUGCAUGCCAUUUCCCAGCAGCUUUCGCCUAUUUCCGGUUGUUCGGGUACUGAACUCCUUGAAGCCGACACAUUCGACCUCCAUUGCUUCCAGUCACUUACUGGAACAAAGUUUUUUGUUGUGUGUGAGCCCGGGACACUGCACAUGGAGGGUCUUCUGAAGUACAUUUAUGAGUUAUACACAGAUUAUGUCUUGAAGAAUCCAUUCUAUGAGAUGGAGAUGCCUAUUCGGUGUGAGCUCUUUGAUAUCAACCUCGUGCAGGCAGUGCAAAAGGAUCGUGUUGCUUUGCUUGGCCGAUGAACUUUGAAUAUCCUUCAUUUUGCCAGUAUUAACCAUCCAUAAUUCAAGAAAGGCUCAUGAUAUUGUUGCCCAAAUAAUUGAUAAUUUGCCUGCUAAAUGUACUCCAUGGUCCUUUUCAGUGUUCACCGGAUAAUCAUGGUUCAUUUUAUAGCCAAUUUUUUGUCAAUGGUAUACACAACUGAAUCCAGGCUUUGAGCUUUGGGGCAUGAGUUGCAG